AUGUCGCCACUGGACAUUGCGUUGAUCCUGGUCAGUUUUCACCAAGUUGUUGGCAGUGACUUUUCCGCCAUGAGCUCGGAGUUUAGGCAGUGUGUUCGCGGAUCUCAAAAGCCGAAGCUUAGUGAAUGUCUGGGACGGUCUGCGCUGAACUUCAUCCAGAGACUGGAUGAGAGCGACAACAUCAGAUUCGUGGAAGACUUUGUGACUGUGAAAAGUGAAACACCUGCAGUUAGAUCUCUGGCAAAUGUGCUCGACACAGAUCCUGUCGAUUUUCGCGGCAUUCUGGAGAACGCGGGCGCCGUCAUGGGCCAACGAAGUCUCGAGUGGCACAUGGAUGGGUUAUAUCCGGGUCUCAUGUUCAAAAUUGGACCCACUGCGGAUGCGAACAGUGUGGCGGAGUUCGUCCUUGAUGGAGCGGGGCAGGGUGAACGACAAUUUGGAUACGAGGAUCCCUCAACCGGUCGCGUGUUGGCAAAGCAGUAUUUGCUGCCUUUUCUGUUAGGCCUAAAGUUCAAUCUGGUGGCUCUGGUUCCCCUACUAUUUGCGGGCAUAUGUCUGCUGCUCAAAAAGUCGCUGUUCCUGGUCAAGUUGGCGGUUUACGUGAGCAGCUUUUUGGGACUAGGUGGAAUCAUGGGCUCCUUGGGCGGCUUGGGUGGCUUUGGAGGAUUGAGCGGUGGUUUUGGAGGCGCUAACUUCGGUAGCUUUGGCAGCUCGAACUUUGGUUUCGGCGGCUUUCAAGGACACCGACCACUUGGCCAUUUUCCCGGAAAAACUACUGUAUUUGGCCAGGGACAAGAUGAGCUCCACCACCAGUACGACGUUCACGAGUCGUCUCCAUAUCGCCGCACGGAGCGGAAGGUGAGAUUCGAGCAGCCUCGAGGGGCAGAAACGCCUGUCGCAGCACCUCCAACCAACCCAAAGCCAACGAACCAAGACCGUUUCUACGACUUUGAGAACCAGCGCAGGCCAAGCAACAAACUAUUGGCAGCCAGUGUGGAGCAGGAGGGCGAACUCCUGAUGAGAAACUUUCAGGAUCCCCAUGGAAUGCAGGGCUGGCAGGCGGUGGACGUGAGAUCGCUGUAG